AUGUGUCUCGUCUUGUUUGUUUUGGUCAUGCUUCUUGGUUGUCCCCUUGGAAAGACGUUUAUUCUCUAUCCAUCAGAAAAGGACUCCAGCAAUGCUCAGCCAUCUCCUAUCAAGACCGUCAGAUGCAAUGGGGAAUCAUUGCAGAGCAUUAGAAAAACCAUGCUGGAGGCACUGAACCUGCAGCGUGAACCACAGUUAUCCAUUAAAGGCAUGACCCAGCUCAGGGACCAGUGGAAGGCAGCAUUCAAAGCUACUGGCCAUGUUUCUCCUCCAUCCCUCGAUGAAACAGGCAACAAAACUUUACUGGUGGAUGCUGAUGUGAGAAACAGCACUGACCUGCAGUGUUGCCAGAUGUCCUCUCAGAUCUUCAUACAAGACCUAGGAUGGGACAGCUGGGUCAUCUACCCAGAAAGCUUCACCUACAUGUCGUGUGUAGUGUGCGACCACCAGCGGGACCUGAGCACCCCCCAUUGCAGAGAGCACCAUCCCAAUGCACCACAGUUACACCAAGAAAUGCCAUGCUGCAAACCAACUGGUCAUGAAUUUGUGCCCUUUCUCUACCUGGACGAGAAAAGUAGCCUGGUCAUCGCCUCCGUGCGUCUGACUCGUGAGUGUGGCUGUGGACCUGGAACUGACUCUCCACUCCCAAAACCCUGA